AUGCCUUAUCACUUACCGCUUAUUUUGUUCCCAGGAAUUGAUUUCGUUCGCGUAGCCGGCAAUCAGUUUGCACCAAAUGCCAGAUGGACUCCAAAACAGCUUUUCUCAACCAACUUGAACGAUAAAAGUGAUGAAGCCUCCAAGCAAGAGCCUACUUCACCGGAGAGUGAGCAAAGUGAACAGUUACAGAACCAAUUGGUGGAGGAAAAUAAGAAACUGUUAGACUCUGUCAAGGACCUGGAUGACAAGUACAAACGAGCGCUUGCAGAAGCAGAAAACACUCGAAUCAGAAUGCGAAAGCAGCUGGAUGAUGCAAAAAUUUAUGCUGUUCAAUCUUUUUGCAAAGAUCUUCUUGAGGUGGCCGACGUGUUCAACACUGCAAUUGAAUCAGUUCCAAAGGACGCCGUCAAAGGCAACUCUGAUUUCAAGAACCUCUUUGACGGAGUUGUAAUGACCGAACAGCAGCUGCAGUCAGUUUUUCGGCGUCACGGACUCAUCUCAAUUAACCCCAUUGGAAUUAAAUUUGAUCCAAAUGAGCACCAUGCUUUAUUUGAAGUGGAAGCCGAAGGGAAAGAACCAGGUACUGUCUCUGUGGUGACUAAAAUUGGCUACAAAUUGCAUGACCGUACCAUUCGUCCUGCCAUGGUUGGCGUUGUCAAAGCAAGUAAAUGA